AUGGCAGAGCUGCUGAGGCUCGGGGACGAGUGCGGGGAGGGGGCUUCGGGGGCUCCUGCACUCUCUGGCUCCUGCCUUGCCGACAACAGGCUGAACCUGGAUGUUUAUCCUGACGGCUGCCACCGGUUCCUCCAGCUGUUCAAGGGGCGACAGGGAGAGGUGGUCCAGGUGGAGUUCCUCCGGCUCAGCAGCAACGAUCACCUCCUUGGCGCCACGCUGGGCAUCCUUCCUCACCUGAAGCACCUGAAAUCCCUGGUGCUCAAAGGUGGCCAUGCCAGGGAUGAGUUUGGUUCGUGUCAGCAUGGCUCCCUGACAAGCUUGCCACCAGACAUUGGGAACCUGAGGUGUCUCACCCACCUGGAUCUCAGCUUCAACAGCCUCUCCACCUUGCCCAGCUGCAUCCUCCACCUCCCCAGCCUCCGCGUGCUCCUGGUGAGCCACAACAGCCUGGUGGCACUCCCUGAGGACUUUGGCUCUCUGAGCAAGCUGACUUUCUUCUCUGCUAUGAAAAAUCAGCUGAAGGACUUACCUCAGAGCAUCGGGGAGUUGACAGUGCUGCAGGACCUGGAUCUCUCGGAAAAUGCUUUGGAAUUCCUCCCUGAAGAAGUUGGGAAUCUGCACAACUGCACAGAGCUGGAUCUCUCUGGGAAUCGCUUAUCAAGCAUCCCAGACUCCUUAGCCAAUUUGAAGUCUCUGCGGCGGCUGCAUCUCCACAGCAAUCUCCUGGUGACGGUCCCUGCCUCGCUUGCCAGCCUGCCCAACUUGUCCAGACUUGAUCUGCAGAACAAUUGCCUCCGUGCCGUCCCCCCUGAGAUCCAGACCUCGCCUUUCGUGCGCCUCCGAGGCAAUCCCUUAGGAGAAACUGAGCCAUCCCCACAGGCUGAUGAAUCCAGUGCCAGAGGGCUACAAAGACUUUUCCUUGCAUCAGGAGAGGACAGCUUUACUGUCACCUCUGAAGGCUGCAAAGCGGUCCUGGCCUGUGGCAUCCAUUUCUACUUUCCACCGGGGGCUGCCUCUGGCCCUCUGCGGAUCUACUUCCAAACCCUCGCACCGGACCCUCAGUGGGUAAAGCUGAGACAUCAUGAUGUCCUGCUAAGUAGAGUCCUGGAGCUGCAGCCUCAUGGAGUCAAAUUUCAGCAGGAGGUGCAGAUCUGGAUGCCGUAUGCCUCCCCUCAAACCCUUCACCAGCGUGAGGUGGUAGUUCGGACCUUCAGUGGGCAGAGCUGGAGUGAUCUGAGAACAAGAGUGGAGCAAAAGAGAAAAUCAAAGAAGCAUGUGGCUCACUGCAGUGUCCUUCACUUCUCUUGGUUCCUCGUUGUGUCUCGACUUGUGCAAAAUGAAUGCAAAGUGCCAACAGAGGGGACAUUGCUCUUUUCCAGUGUGGAUCCAAACAUCAAAGUGACCUUUCCUCCUGGAGUCACUGAAGAGACCCGCAGUGUCAAGCUGCAGGUGCUGCCGGUCUCUGCAGAAGAGAUAGAGGAAAUCACGGCCGAGGUGGGGUGCAGAGCCAGUCCCCUGCUCUGCCUCUCCCAGGACUCCCUGGUGGAUUUUCUGAGGCCAGUGAGAAUUCAGCUGCCCCUCCCGCCCGGGGUCACAGGGCUAAAUUUGGAUCGGUCAAGGCUGCAUCUUCUCCAUGGCGACCUGGAGGGCCAAACCUGGGAUGACAUUACCAGUCAGGUGGUGCUGGAAUUCACCCAUCUUUAUGCAGUGUUUGAAGUCACUCACUUCUCCUGGUACUGGCUGUGGUACACCACCAAGACCUACAUUGGAGGCAUUGCCAAGAAAGUCUAUGAGCGGCUGCGUAUGUACCAGGUGAACUUCAUUGCUCUGCAGAGGAAGAAGGACCCCGAGCAAGUCCUGCUACAGUGUGUCCCCAAGCACAAGGUUGACCCGGUGCUGAAGAAGCUGCAGGACCGUUAUCGAGGACCUGAGCCAUCCGACAUGGUGGAGAUGUUUGAAGGAGAGCAAUUUUUUGCAGCUUUUGAGCGAGGCAUCAGCAUCGAUAUGGAUCGCCCUGACUGCAUGGAUGGACGUCUCUCAUUUAUUUUUUACUCCCACUUGAAGAACAUGAAGGAAAUCUAUGUGACCUCCCCUGUAGACAGGAAAGGCCAAGCUGUAAAAGGCCAGGUCUCUUUCUACCGAGGGGCAGUUCCCGAGAGCAUCCCUGAAGAUGCCAGCAGGAGGAGGAAAGGACCAGACUCCCUCUGGCUUGCUACUCUGCCCAUCAAACUGCCUCGAUUGAAACCCCGCUGGGGUGAGAACCCCGGUCCCCUGAACAGCUUCUCCUUUCCUCCCUUAAACCUGGGCAAUGCUGAGACUGGCUACCUGACACAGGCAAACCUGCUGAGCAUUGCCAGGCGCGUGGGAGCUGACUGGCAGACCAUUGGCCUGAACCUGGGCUUGACCUAUCAGCAGAUUGAGCGCAUAGGAUACAAUAACAGAGAGGACCUUGAUAAGCAGAUCCUGGACAUGCUUUUCUCAUGGGCUCAGCAAAACUCAGAGGAUCCUGACUGUGUGAGAAAGUUGAUUACAGCCAUGAAAGAGAGUGGUCGCCAGGACAUCGCUGAUGAGGUCAAAACCAUCAUUGAGCUGGGACGGCAGAAAUACAGGGAGUCUAUCCGCCGGGUGGGCUUGGAGCAGGAGAGCAGCACUGAGGACUCCGCAAUAGCUAUGAUGUAG